UUCGUGUGAUUUCCAACAUGUGAUAAGCCUAAAUAGUAAUCGAUGUCUAGGAAAACACACAAGAAGAUAAUUUUAUAAUAUUUAGGUUAUGUAAUUUGUAGAUAAUCAACUCUGUGAUUUUUAGCAUUCAAGAAAACAAAACGGCGAUGUUGCAGCACUCUUGUAACCUGCAACGGCUGUUGUAUACUUCUUCUCCACAUUAUCGACAUGCAUGUCAGUUGUCCAGUUAUGUCGCUUGCCAAAGAUAUGAUCAAGACUCAAAGCGCAAAUUUCCUUGCCACCGACAUUGUAAUCAUGCUGUUCCAUUCAGUCAUAGGAGUGUUGUUGGUUUCAAAAGUACUGUUCACAAUCAAUCUAUACCUGGAUUGUCAGCUCUUAGUGUAGAAUUGAACACUUUAAAGCAUGUACAAAGGGACAGACAGGUACAGAGUAAAUGUUUCACUGGUGGACAUCAUCUACUUGCCUGGAUUAAGCCAUGUACAAACCAAGCAAAUUUGUCUCCUGUGAAAACCACAAUUAACAGAACAAUGUUUUGUGGAAAUGUUUUAAAUUUUAAACAUACAGGUCUCCUGUGUGGUCAUCAAAGACAGACAUUCCACACCAGCAGCAUAAGUUAUGAUCCCUCAUCUAGCAAAGCAGGUAUAACAAAACUGUUGGAAGAUGAAGAAAAAAAGUCCAAAGUAGAGGAGGCUGUGGAAGCUAUGAAAGAAAAGAAAGAAAAGCUGAAGGAGAAAGCUUUUCAAAUGGAAUGUAGCCCUGAAGAAAUCGAGCCAAUAGUUGCUGUAUCUCCAGCGCCAAAGAAGUCUCUGUGGCAGAGGGUUAAGCAAGAGGCUGUACAUUAUUAUCAUGGAUUUAAGCUUUUGUAUUUUGAAGUUAGAAUUGCUGCUCGUAGGUUAUGGCAGGUCAUGAAUGGAAAGGUGUUGUCCAGACGGGAAAGACGUCAGUUUCUUCGCACAGUGGCAGAUAUAUUUCGCUUGGUUCCAUUUUUGGUAUUUAUACUGAUUCCUUUCAUGGAGUUUAUGUUACCAGUUGCUGUUUACCUUUUUCCAAACAUGCUACCCAGCACAUUUGAGGACAAAUCCAAGAAGGAAGAAAACAAAAAGAAACAGCUUAAAGUGAAAAUUCAGAUGGCUAAGUUUUUACAAGACACAGUGGAAGAAAUGGCUGUGACAGCCAAAGAAAAGAAAACACAAGAGGUUGUGGCUGACUUUGCAAACUUCUUUGAAAAGAUCCGUAGCAGAGGACAACAACCUAGCAAUGAAGACAUCUUAAGGUUUUCCAAAUUGUUUGAGGAUCAAAUUACAUUAGACAACAUGAGUCGUGCCCAACUCAAAGCAAUCAACAGGCUGUUGAUGUUGCCAACCAUUGGAACAAACAAUUACUUCAGGUUUCGACUGAGGAUGAAAUUAAGAGAGCUCAGAGCUGAUGAUUUGUUAAUUCAAAGAGAAGGUGUGGAAAGCCUCACCGAACAGGAACUGCAGUCAGCUUCCCAAGCUCGCGGAAUGAGAGCUAUUGGUGUUCCUGCAGCAAGAUUAAGGUCUCAACUUAAACAGUGGGUUGAACUGCACCUGGUUGAGCAAAUUCCAGCAUCUCUUUUGCUGAUGUCCAGAGCAUUGUAUCUCCCAGAAAAUGUCAGUAAGGUCGAUCAGCUCAAAGAGACAUUGUCACAACUGCCAGAAAACUUGGUAGAAGAGGCUGAAAUUAAAAUAUGCGAAGUUUCUGGUGAGAAAGUUGACAACAAAGUUCGUUUGGACGUUCUGAAGAAUGAGGAGAGAAUGAUUGCUGAGGAAAAUCUAGAACUUAUUAUAGAGGAAGAGGAGAAAAAGAAGAAGAUCGAAAGUGUUGUUUCUGAGAUGUUAGAGGACAAGGCGCCAGAAAUCAAACCGAUGCCUGAAGAGGAUAUUUCUCAAGACGAUUGGCUGUCUAUCAAAGCAAGUCUUGCUCGGGCCAAUGAACGAGAGGAAUUAGAGAAGAUCAAGGAAGACAGAGAAGAAUAUCAAGAGGAACUCCGUGAGCUGGAGACUGAAGAUGAAAAGCGAGUACUUGAAGAAUCACUUGGUUCAUCACGGCUCGGUAGGAAGGUGGAUGUGAUGAUUAAAAAGAUUGAAGACCGUUUGAAGCAAGUUGAAGAUGAAAUAGAACAACCACUUGAUGCUGAUGGCGAUGGGAAAAUUAGUUUACAAGAGAUGAUCUCGGCUGUACAGAGAUUGAAGGACGCUCCAAGUGAAGCUAAAUGUCAGAGAAUAGCCGAAAUGCUCGACGAAGAUCAUGACGGCGCCCUUGACUUAGUGGACGUGGGCACGGUUGCUGAACUGUUGUCCCUGGAAGAUGUGGAUCUUACUCCGGAUCAAAUCAAAGAUAUUAUCGUUUUACUUGAGAAAGAGAACAAGCUGCGCAAAGCAGAGGAUGAGGAGCAGUCACAAAAAAUCACAGAGAGAGCUGAUUAACAAAGUUCGCUCCUUUACUAACUCGAUACUCUUGCAAUUUUUAGUUCUUCUAGUUGUUUUGAUUUGUGGCAUUUUUGAAAGCAUAAACGUGAAGGGUCAUACUCAUUUGUACAUUCAAGUAUUCAUUUUAAAGUUGUUCGCUUAUUUGUAUUAGUAAUCUGACCUUGGUCAUACGAUGUAGAAUCAGUAGGAUUUUUGCCAUUGUAUUCAAGGUUCAAAGUAUGAAAUUGUAAAGGCAAACGCUCGACGAAAUACAGGUAUGUACCAAAACCAACAUUGCAACCAGAUGCUGAAUGUAUUGAAUUUUUUUUAUAUGGAAAAAAAGGAUCCAGUUAGGACAUGGAGAAGCAUUUUAAUCGACCUAACUCGUAUUAUCGGAGGAAUGACAGUCUGGAAGUGUUUAUACCUAAGAUAUUUGUUUGAUUCCCGGUAUAAAAUAAACCCCAAGUCAUAGACUGUCUAUUGCUUUCAACCAUGAAGUCGUAUUUUCUCGGCUGAAACAGCACACAGUCAAAUGUAAUUUUCUUAAGAUUAGCAAAGAAAGGGUGGUUACGUAGUUGCUGGUGAGGAUUUCCAGAACAGAUUGGUGUUCUUUGUGUCUUGUGUUUCAAUCUGAAGAGAGAUCUCUACACUUGUGAGUCGCUUUUAUAACCCUCUGACUCCCGGAAGUGGUUCGCAUGGAACUUCUUCCUUCAAAUAUCCAUACGUAAUCAAUCGAAAAGGUAAUAGGAAUACUCAGACUUAUCAGGUAGAAAUUGUUUCUCUUGAUCUAACACCAAAUUCUUGUAACUAAUUUACAGAGAAAUGUAAAAGAAACUAGAGGGGAGAAUUAACAAUCAGAUCAUGGGAGUUAAAGGGUCAAGGUUAACUCUGAUUUUGGAGAAAUUUGUAAUUUAAGAUUUUUUUGAGGUUUUACCAAAUGACUGUAUAUCAUCGUGUAUCCACUCUAUCUCCGAUUGAGAAAGUCGAGUGGCAAAAACAUUUUAGCGUAAUUAAUGAAAUAGCUAUGAAAGAAUACAAUAAAAAUGAGGAAUUAAGGCCUGAAAA